AUCGUUUAUUUCUAAUUUCUUCGUAACACAUAUCGUUCAUGCAUAAAAUUCGAAACAUUAUUAUAACACUGAAUAUUUUGUUUGUUUCUCUAAAUUGAGGAUAUAUUUUUAUAAAAGCUUUUUUGAUAAUAGGAACUUUCCAUGAGUCCAAUUUCAUUAAAAAAUAAAUAUUUUAUUUUUGUACAACCAGCAAAUGACUUUUUUUCUAUAGAAUGAGAAUUAUUUUUACUAUUUUUGUAUAAUGUUUAAACGAAACCUUUUAAAAUAGUAUUUAGAGGCAUAGUUAUGUCGGAUAAAAGUUUUUGUAAAAAUAAUGUGCAUUUCAUCAAAUAUUUGUCUUAUAACUAUGAUAAAGAGGUGUAAUAAAUUUUUGUAAGCACUAAUAAGAUUGAAAGCUUAUACGAUGUAUAGUUUUUCUUAGUAAAUUUUCGAUCAGACUUUCUGAUGGAGUCAUAAACAGAUUUGAGCCUUUAUUUAUGGACUACAAAGUGGCUUAAUUUUGUAAACCCUUUUCUAAAUCAAUCACUUUAUCCAAUUGAUAAAGCUUCAUUUCCUUUAUCAAUUCAUUCUAAGAGCAUUGUUUUUCUAAUUUGAUUCCUGCAUUUUGGACUCUCUGAAUGAAAAAAAAAUUCCUUUUUUUCAAAUAAUUCCGAGCUUUCCGAUCGCAAUUGUGACACAGAUAUGAAACUUAAUAAGUAAAAGUUUAGCCUUAUAUAUUUAUAUGAGCUACAGUAGAAUAAAUGGAUAGAAGUAGAGUUCUGAAGAAAAAAUGCACUAUUAGUGGAAAGUCAAUUCAUUAUAACAUGUUUGGAAAUAUGCUUUUAAGCUCUAGCAAAACUAUGUACACGGAGAAAAACACUCAUUCAAAAGUUGAUUUUUACAGAUUUUUUUCCCUGAGAUCUGGCCUCCGAUUGCGAAUUUUUAAAAAAAUAGGAAUCCUUAGAGGAUCAAGUUUGGCUAAUAUAUAGGAUUUUCGAUAAAAAACGGCAAAAAUAGAGGAUUUAUUAUACAUUGUUUCCACGCAAUCGUCCGGUUUUGUUAAUUUCUCUGCUCGAAACUUUUCGGGAUGUGGGUGUGGGUGUGGGUGGGUGUGGGGUGUGGGUAUGGGCAUGGGUGUGGGUGCCGGUGUGGGUGUGGGUGUGGGUGUUGAUAUCUGUAUUUUAUUCGCACCUAAACUCAUACCCACCCCCAGGCCCACACCCACACUCACCCAUACCCUACACACGCACACCCACACCCACCCACACACCCACACCCACCCCCACACCGACACUCACGCCCCACACACCCACACUCCACACACCCACACCCCGCACUAUCAAUAAGUACAGUGUCUACUGCAAUAACGUCUGGCAAUGAAUCAAAUAAAACAGCAGCUAUUCAUAUAUUCUUUUGUGAAUCAGUUUCUGCGCCAAAUUAUAGUGAUACAACUACGGAAAUUUAUCAAGAGCUACAUGUAAUAAAUCAGUCAUAAGAAGAUCAAAAUAUAGAAGCUGCCAUGGAAGUUGAGAGUAAGGACUAGAAAAAAGUAGUCAAUUCUGACAAUCUUUUUAUUUUUAGAUCCAAAUGAAUGUAUUUCAACGUCAAUUACAGUAAGUCAGCGGUUGCACAAUAAUGAAGAUCAAAACAAUGAAAUUGGAAUUAAACUUCGUUGCAUUGAAUCAAUGCUUCUUCCAUGUCCUCAUCUGAUAAAACAAUCUACAGCAAUGAAUAUCUCACAUGAAGAAUUGGUAAAGAGUGUCUAUAACUAUGCAACGAACCUUAUUACGAGUUCCAACGAGCUACUAGAGCUGUGCACUCAGCGAAUCGAUCAACUGAAUUAAGAUCGGGAUAAUAUUUCAUUAAUUGAACAAAAAAAUCAAGUUUUUAUAGAACGUGAUCCUAGUGAGGCUUUUCAUAUGAUAAGAUUUGUGUUUAUGUUAAUUCUUCAAUACUUGAACAUUCAUUUAGGCAGUUAUCCUCAAAAUUACAAUUAUGCACUUGAGGAGCGACAUUUUCUUGCUAAUGUUGAUUCAUUCCAAUCAACUUUGUCAAAUUUUCCAAAAAAUGAUACAAUAGCAGCCUCCAAACGUACUUGCAAAUUUGUUGCAUCGUAUGAACGUUAUUUGAUUUUCAAAAAUAAAUCGUGCAACGUCGACAACUUAUUAGAUGAAAAUCGACGCAAAGCUCAACAACAAGAAAUAGCUAUAAUUCAAAGGAAUCAGAAUGUUGCUAUUACAUUAAUUGAUUCAGCUCGAUAUUUAUGCUGUCAAGAUUUAGCAUUUCGUCGUGAACCAUCUGAAGAAGGUAAAGUAAUUAAAACGAUAACAUUGAAUUGA